AUGAGUUUCGUGGCCGCAGCUAAGCAGAUUACAAAACGACCAAUCCUUUCAAGCUUUUUGAUCCCGGCAACUGCACGCAAAAUGCACAUCGACUCUAUCCCCAUGUGGGAGGGUAGUGGUAACAACUACGCCUAUCUCGUCACAGAUGACAAGACCAAAGCUGCCGUGAUUAUCGACCCAGCCAACCCAUCAGAAGUGCUCCCUCAUCUGAAGAAGGCCGUCGACGGCGGUAUCAACUUGAAGAGCAUCGUCAACACCCACCAUCAUCACGACCAUGCUGGUGGCAAUGUUGAGAUGCUCAAGACCUACCCAGUCCCAAUCAUUGGCGGUAAGGAUUGUACAAGGGUGACCAAGACUCCAAGUCACGGCGAGACGUUCAAUGUUGGAGGUAUCAAAGUGAAGGCCUUACAUACACCUUGCCAUACGCAGGACAGCAUCUGCUAUCUCUUCGAGGAUGGCGACGACCGAGCUGUCUUCACUGGAGAUACUCUAUUCAUUGGAGGAUGUGGUCGUUUCUUCGAGGGCACAGCCGAGGAGAUGGACACUGCGCUGAACAAGACACUUGCCACUCUCCCAGAAGACACCAAGGUCUACCCUGGACACGAGUACACCAAGGGCAAUGUCAAAUUUGGCAUCAAGGUCGUCCAGUCAGGGCCGGUGAAGAAGCUGGAGUCAUUCGCGAACUCGAACAAGCAGACACAGGGCAAGUUCACGAUCGGCGACGAGAAGCAACACAACGUGUUCAUGCGACUCGAUGAUCCGGCCAUCCAGAAGUUCACCGGCAAGAAAGAUCGUGUUGAAGUCAUGGCCGCGCUUCGGGAGGCGAAGAACUCGAUGUAA